AUGCAGCUUGCAAUCUGGCUGGUGGGACUUAUCUGUCAUCUCUCAGCACGCGUCCGGAAUUCAGUGCAAUAUAGUUUGCACCCCAAACAAGAAAACUUCAUCAAUCAACUGUCAUCUUAUGCAAUUAUCACCCCAAUGCGAGUGAAUGACUUUGGAGAAUCUUUCCCACCUACGCUGCAUUACAAGAGAAGACGGAGGAGCGUGGAUGCAGAAUUAUCAGGCUUACGGGCGCACUACAGAAUUGAUGCUUUUGGGCAACGCUUUCACCUCAAUUUAACCGCUGAUUCUGGGUUUAUUGCUCCAGCGUACACCGUGGCACACAUAGGAGCAGAUCCCAGCAACGAGACGGACUCUGUGCAAGACAGCGCUGAUAUGAGGCACUGCUUCUUCAGCGGUCACGUCAACGCCAGAAGUGAAUUCCCGGCGGUCUUCAGUUUAUGCACUGGCCUUAUUGGGACUUUUACAACCCAAAACGGUGAAUAUUUUUUAGAGCCACUGAUGAAGUCGGACGGAGGAGACUAUGAAGACGAACACAGCAAACCUCACCUGAUGUACCGGCGCGACGGGAAGACGUGGAGUCCUGCGAGCAACCGCAGCGAGCCGUGCGGGGCGUCAGGUGGGAGCGGCUGCCGGCCUCAAAUUAAUCUUCAGAGCAACAGAAGCAUUGGUGAAGAGCUUCAUUCCAUCAGAGAAACGAUGGGUCUGGAUCACACAGAACAGAACCCUCCCGAUUCCCAAAACCACUCCCACUCACGGCGGAAGAGGUUUCUCUCGUACCCGCGAUUCGUGGAGCUUAUGGUCACCGCGGACGCCAAGAUGGCCCGACACCACGGACCCAACCUAGAGCAUUACAUCCUAACAAUCAUGUCAGUAGUUGCUGCUGUCUACAGGGAUCCCAGUGUGGGGAAUCUGAUCAAUAUUGUGAUCGUGAAGUUAUUAAUUAUCCAUAACGAGCAGGAAGGACCGUCCAUCAGUUUCAAUGCUGCUACCACCCUGCACAACUUCUGCGUGUGGCAACAGAGUCAAAAUGUGCCGGACGACAGCCACCCCUCCCACCACGACACCGCGCUCCUCAUCACCAGGGAAGAUAUCUGCAGGGCAAAAGACAAGUGUGACACGCUGGGCCUGGCGGAGCUGGGGACAAUGUGUGACCCGUACCGCAGCUGCUCCAUCAGCGAGGAGAACGGCCUCAGCGCCUCCUUCACCAUCGCUCACGAGCUGGGUCAUGUCUUCAACAUGCCCCACGACGACAACCUCAAGUGUAGAGAGUCUGGGUUGAAGCAGCAGUACCACGUCAUGGCCCCCAUGCUCAACUACGACACCAGCCCCUGGUCCUGGUCCAAGUGCAGUCGCAAGUACAUCACUGACUUUCUCGACACUGGAUACGGGGAGUGUCUCCUAGAUGAGCCAGUCAGCAGGACCUACGACCUCCCCCCCCAGCUCCCCGGCCAGCUCUACAGCGCCAACAAGCAGUGUGAGCUCAUGUUCGGACCUGGGUCCCAGGUCUGCCCCUACAUGAAACAGUGCAAGCGGCUGUGGUGCUCCAGUGCGGAGGGGGACCACAAAGGCUGCCGCACGCAGCACAUGCCCCUGGCCGACGGCACCGACUGCGGCCGCGGAAUGCACUGCAGACACGGGAUGUGUGUGAAUAAGGAGAUGGAGGCGAGACCCCUGCACGGAGAGUGGGGCCCCUGGGGGCCCUAUAGCGCCUGCUCCAGGUCCUGUGGCGGGGGCACCCGAAGCACUGCCAGAGACUGCAACAAACCUGAGCCCAGAAACGGGGGGAGGUUCUGUGUGGGCCGGAGGAUGAAGUUCCGGUCCUGCAACACAGAGCCCUGUCCGCGGGGCCAGAGAGACUUCCGUGAGGAGCAGUGUUCGCAGUUCGACGGCAGACACUUCAACAUCAACGGCCUGCCUCCCACCGUCCGCUGGGUGCCCAAGUACAGCGGAAUUCUGAUGAAGGACCGGUGCAAGCUCUUCUGCAGGGUCGCCGGGACGACUGCGUACUACCAGCUGAAGGACCGCGUCAUCGACGGGACCCAGUGCGGCCCCGACACUGAUGACAUCUGUGUUCAGGGCCUCUGCAGGCAAGCGGGAUGUGACCACGUUCUCAACUCCAAGGCCAGGAACGACAAGUGUGGGGUGUGUGGCGGGGACAACUCCUCCUGCAAAACUCUGGCCGGGACCUUUAACAACGCUCAGUACGGUUACAAUAUCGUUGUGCGAAUCCCAGCAGGAGCGACCAACAUUGACAUAAAGCAAGUCAGCUACUCUGGGAAGCCAGAGGACGACAACUACCUUGCGUUGUCUGACAGCCAGUCCAAUUUUCUGCUGAACGGGAACUUUGUGGUGGCCAUGUUCAAAAGGGAAAUCACCUUCAAGGGGACGGUGAUAGAGUACAGCGGGUCGGACACCAAAGAGGAGCACAUCAACUGCACAGACAGGAUCGAGGACGAGCUCGUCCUGCAGGUGCUGUGUGUGGGGAACCUGUACAACCCCGAUGUGCGUUACUCCUUCAACAUCCCCAUCGAGGAGCAGAAGGAGCAGUUCGUGUGGGACCCCUCCGGUGCCUGGACAGAGUGCAGCCGAAUUUGCCAAGGUGAGCGGAGGCGCAAGGCCACAUGCGUGCGCAAAAGCGACCACCUGGUGGUGUCCGAGCAACGCUGCGAGCACCUGCCCCGCCCCAGCGGGAUCAGCGAGCCCUGCAGCACCGAGUGUGAGAUCAGGUGGCACGUGGCCGGCAGGAGCGAGUGCUCUGCGCGGUGUGGCCCAGGCCUCCGGACGCUGGACGUGCAGUGCAUGCGGUACAGCCUGGAGCAGAGGCAGAGCGACCGGCUGGAGCCCCACGCCUGCAGCCACCUGCCCAAGCCCCAGGCCCGCGAGCCCUGCCACGGACGCUGUCUGCUACAGAGCUGGCACUACGGCCCCUGGUCCCAGUGCUCUAAGACCUGUGGGCGUGGAAGCAGGAGCAGGGAGGCGUACUGCAUGAAUGCGCUGGGCCAGCGUCUGUCAGACAGCGAGUGUUCGCAGCAUCAGAGGAUUCUGACAGAGAGCUGCGGAGAUGGUCCCUGCCCAGAGUGGUCAGCCAGCGAGUGGAGCGAGUGCCUGGCCACCUGUGGGAAAGGUGUGCGACGGCGGCAGGUGUCCUGCCUGCUGAACGGGGAGAAGCUGGAUGAGGGUUUCUGUGCCCCGGACAGCAGACCCGCUGCGGUGGGGGGCUGCGAGCUCCCGGAGUGCGCCUCCUGGCAGGCCGGGCACUGGGGCAUGUGCUCUGUGACCUGUGGCCAUGGAUACCAGGUGCGGGCGGUGAGGUGUGUGUCCGGGCCUUACGGGGAGACCCUGGAUGACCGCGAUUGUAAUGCAGCGGCCAGACCCAGGGACAGCCAGGACUGUGAGCAGCCUGCCUGUCCCUGGGCGUCCCCCGCCCUCAGCACAGCGAACCCGGAUGCCCCAGGACAGCUCAGCAGCCAGUGGAGAUACGGAUCCUGGACAACGUGCUCGGUGUCGUGUGGGAAGGGGAAACGCGCUCGCUACGUCAGCUGCCGGGACUCCCAGGGAGGCGUGGCGGACGAGUCCUACUGCGCCCACCUCCCCCGGCCCCCAGAAUCCUCGGCGUGCUUCAGCCCGUGCGGGCAGUGGCGUGCAGGAGAGUGGUCUCCGUGCUCGGCCUCCUGUGGGCUGGGGCAGGCCACCAGGCAGGUGGUGUGCAGUGGCUACCUGCACCAGGUGGAGGAGGACUUCUGCGACCCGGACGAGCGUCCCGCUGCGGAGCAGGAGUGCAGCACCACACCCUGCCCCUCGGGGGUCCAGCAGCGCCCCAAUGACCACCCCCACGUCCCCCACCCCGACUACCCCCACCCCGGCCACAGCACCUGGAACGUCCCCUCCGCCGCCAACCAGUGGAGGACAGGCCCCUGGGGAGCCUGCUCCAGCACCUGUGCAGGGGGCUUCCAGCGCAGGGUGGUGGUGUGCCAGGACACCGAGGGCCGCGCCGCCGACCGCUGUGAGGAGAGAGUGAAGCCGGCCGAGUCCAAGAGCUGCGACUCGGGGCCCUGCCCCCUGUGGAACUAUGGGAGCUGGGGAGAGUGCACCCAGAGCUGCGGAGGGGGGAGAAGGACCAGGCUUGUGGUCUGCCAGCGGCCCGGGGGCCAGAGACUGAGCGACCACAGCUGCGACGUGCUGGACAAGCCUGUGGACAUGGAGCAGUGUAACACUCAGCCAUGUCCAGGUAGUGUUUCAUGGCACAGGCGACCAUGGAAACCGUGCUCGGUGACUUGUGGCAAAGGGAAGGUGCACCGAGACGUGGUUUGCGUGGAUGAAAGUCAGACCCGCGUAGAGGAGCAGCACUGUGGCCAUCUUCCCAGGCCCCGGACACAGAAGACCUGCAGGACCCAGAGGUGCCCCAGCUGGAGAGCCAGCGGGUGGGGAGAGUGUUCGGUGACCUGUGGGGCGGGGCUCCAGGUGAGAGAGGUGAACUGCAGGAUCAAAGGGAAGGGACAGGUGGACCCGGAGCUGUGCAGACCCCUCCCGCGCCCCGCCAGCGCCCGCCCGUGCCACGCCCCUGACUGCAGCCGCUACGCGUGGGUCGCUGAGGACUGGCAGGAGUGCAACGCCACCUGUGGGGACGGAGCGAGGACCAGGAGGGUGCUGUGUUUGGAUGGGGACAGGAAGCCGGUGCCUGACGGUCUCUGUGAUCCGGUGUCCACACCUGAGGAGUCCCAGGCCUGCAGGAGAGCGCCCUGUCAGUACGUGUGGAUGACAGGGGACUGGGCCCAGUGUUCAGCCAGCUGUGGUCCAGGGUACCAGCAGAGGAUGGUCUCCUGCUCCAUGGUGCACUCCUCCCCGGGCCCCCCCUCCUACACCCCCCUGCCAGCACCCCACCCUGACUGUCCUAAGCCACACCCUCCGGACACCAAACCCUGUCACCUGAGGGAGUGUUUCCCCACUGCGUCCUGGAGGGUUGGCCCCUGGAGCAAGUGCUCUCAGACCUGUGGAGCAGGAGUGAGGGAGAGGAGUGUGGAGUGUCUGACCUCUGAGAACCUCCCUUCUGAGAGCUGUCGUCCAAUGGAGAGGCCUGAAUCCAGGGCUGCCUGCGGAGAGAGGGAGUGUGAGGUGUACACCUCCUGCAGGGAUGUGCAGGUGAGAGAGGGCACCCGGAAGGACGGAGAGUACUACCUGAGGGUUCAGUCCAGGAUUCUGCAGAUAUACUGUGCUGAAAUGCAGUCCGUUUUCCCAAAGGAGUAUGUGACGCUACGCAGUGGGCACACAGACAACUUCUCCGAGGUGUAUGGGUACAGGUUGCAGAACCCCUUCGACUGCCCCUUCAACGGCAGCAGGAGGCCAGACUGUGUCUGCAGGAAUGACUACGCUGCUGUGGGCUACACGCUCUUCCACAGGGUUCGGCUGGACCUGGCCGCCAUGCGGAUAGUCACCACAGACCUGACCUUCUCUCAGACUCUGCUGGGACGUCCUGUGCCGUUCGCCACAGCUGGAGACUGCUACAGCGCCGCCAAGUGUCCACAGGGCCAGUUCAGCAUUAACCUGGCUGGAAGUGGACUAAAAGUGGCCGAGUCCUCCAAAUGGACAUCACAGGGUAACUACGUCACUGUCAAAGUGCACAGGUCAAAGGAUGGCACCAGGGCGUACGGGCGCUGUGGGGGCUUCUGUGGAAAGUGUUCCCCCCACCCUCACUCUGGCCUGCUGGUCCAGGUGCACUGA